AUGGGCGACACCACCACGAGCAACAAGUCGCAUGAGACCUUCAUAGGCUCCAUCGACCAGGGAACCACCAGCACCCGGUUUCUGAUCUUCAAUCGGCACGGCGAGGUGAUUGCAUCGCAUCAGAUCGAAUUCAAGCAAAUCUAUCCGCAUCCCGGAUGGCAUGAGCACGAUCCACUCGAAAUCAUUUCGUCGGUGGAGCAGUGCAUCGACGGCGCCGUCAAGGACCUCGAGACCCAGGGCCACGCAAGUGCCAACAUCAAAGCCGUGGGCAUCACGAACCAGCGUGAGACAACGGUGGUCUGGAACCACGAGACAGGCGAGCCAUUGUACAACGCAAUCGUAUGGACCGACACUCGUACACAGGCCCUGAUCCGUAAGCUCAAGCACCGACUGGGAUCGGAUCAGCUGCAGCAACUUUGCGGUCUCCCACUGUCGACAUACCCCUCCGUGGGCAAGUUACUAUGGCUUUUGGACAACGAGCCCAAGGUGAAAGAGGCCUACGAGAAGGGCAACCUCGCCUUCGGCACCAUCGACGCGUGGCUGGUCUACAAGCUCAACGGCGGGCCCAAGAAGAACGUGUUUGUAUCCGACCCGACCAACGCCUCGCGGACCAUGUUCAUGAACCUCACGACGCUGGACUACGACGAGUCGCUCAUUGACUUCUUUCGCCUGGAUCAGACAAAGAUCCAUCUCCCCAAGAUCACCCGGUCGUCGGAUCCCGAGGCGUACGGGCGUCUAGAGGUGAGUGUGCUCAAGGGCGUCCCCAUCACUGGCUGCCUGGGCGAUCAAUCCGCCGCCCUGGUCGGCCAAAAGGGGUUCACUCCCGGGUUGGCUAAAAAUACCUAUGGCACGGGUUGUUUCCUGCUGUACAACGUCGGUGAAAAGCCCGUCUUCUCCACCCACGGCCUCCUCGGCACGGUGGCCUACGAUUUCGGCCCGGGAAAACGCAUGUAUGCCCUCGAGGGCAGCAUCGCCGUCGCCGGGUCCAGCGUCAAAUUUCUCGUCGAUAAUUUCGGCUUUGUCGAGUCCUCGAGCAAGAUCAGUCAGUUGGCCGCCACGGUCGAGGACAAUGGUGGCUGCGUCUUCGUCACCGCCUUCAGCGGCUUGUUUGCUCCGUACUGGAUCGACGAUGCGAGGGGAACAAUCUACGGCAUAACCGCCUACACGCAACGCGGACACAUCGCGCGCGCCACCCUCGAGGCAACAUGCUUCCAGACGAAAGCAAUCCUCGACGCCAUGGAGAAGGACUCGGGCGCUAAACUGGCCGAGCUCGCCGUCGACGGCGGCAUGAGCAACUCUGAUCUCACCAUGCAGACACAAGCGGACCUGAUCCAGAUCCCCGUGCGACGGCCACAGAUGCGCGAAACGACAGCCCUGGGCGCCGCCAUUGCCGCCGGGCUAGCCGUCGGGGUGUGGGACAGCAUCGACGAGUUGAAGGACAUCAAUGUCGAGGGGAGCACCGUCUUCAAACCGCAGCUGCAUGAAGCAAAGAGCAAAGAAAUGUUCGAGCGAUGGGAGAAGGCGGUCCAGAUGUCCAAAGGUUGGUCGUCAUGA